AUGAGCAUAACUAGUCAGCUUAGGAGUCGAGAGAAGGAUUCAACCUCCAACAGUACGACCACUUCCACUACAAAAAAUACAUCUAAAGAUCCCAACCUCAGUAACAGUGAAACUACUGAUUUUGCUUUUGAUCAAACCAUCCUCGAUGAUACCAACAAGAUAUUGAAAGAGUUGGAACGUAAACUAUCUAUACUGUCAUCAACAUCUUCACAACAAACAAACACAUCAUCGGUUGUCCACAACAACCAAUACCUGGGAUUAGGCAGACAAAGAAUACAGAGUCAUGUCUUGAGCUCGAUGCUUCAUGACGGUAGCAGUAACAACAACAAUUACAAUGAGUACAAUGACCACGAAAAGGCACAACGAAUACACAAUAGUAUACUCAGUCCCAAUGAAAUCUUUCAAGAACGAAGUCAGUACACCAAGCUCACCAAAUUGACAUCACAUUAUAACGAUGACACUCUUGUUCAAAAGAAGGGCCACUUGGCUAAACAAAAAGAUCGAAAUGGGAGUAUUAACACCGUUGUGAGACAAAAUUCGCUAAACUUGACUAAGAGCAGAUUGGAAAGCAAAGGUCCUCAUUCGAGUAGUUAUGAUGAUGACAACAACAGACAACAACUUGACGAUUUUUUGGGACAUGUUCAAAGAAACGAUAUAUACGCAUCAGACGACGACGAAGAGAUAGAAGAGCAACAAGUUAAUGGAGCAAAACACGAUGUACUGGAUAAAGAAGUUGAAGAAGAUGACGACGAUGACGAAGACGGGGAAGAUGGUUAUGAUUUCUAUUUUUCAGCUGGCAAUGAAGCGGAUAACGAUGUUGAUGAUGAUGACUACAUGGACACAUUUGAUGAGGGAUCAACAUCGUAUCUGGACGACGAUGAAGUAAAUGGAAAAAAGCAAAUGGACUUUCACGAACAAGAGUACGACGACGACGACGACGAUGAUGAUUUGAUAGUACCACCAUCGCCUCCCAGGUCACCUCCGCGGGAUUUAGAUCCUACUAAACUAUACGGAUUAUACGACUUUUCAGGACCGGAUCCAUCGCAUUGUUCUCUAACGCGCGAUGAACCGGUGCAUUUACUAAACGACGAUGACAAUUAUUGGUGGUUGAUCAAGAAAUUGACUAAGGAUGAGAAAAUAGCAAGGUAUCAAGAGACUAAUAAUGCAACGAUUGACAUUGAUCUGGAUAGAGAGGAUGGCAAGAUUGGAUUUGUGCCGGCUGAGUGUCUUGAAACUCAUGGAGAACGAUUAGCAAGAUUGAAUUGUUUCAAGAAUGAAGAAAUGGAAAAGUUGGUGGAGAAUGAAUUGCAAUUGAUUGAUCGGAGUGCAAAGGGAAGCAAAACUGUCAAGGCAGUAACAUUUGAGAAUUUGGGAGAUUUCAUGGACAGUAGCGACGAAGAGGACAAAGACAUCGAUGAAUACGACGGAGAUGCCCACGAAAUUACUCAGAACAGUGGAAUGGACAAUACAAGCACUGGUGCUUUUACUGCAAAUAAAGAUGAACAAGAUAUUCGAAAGAUUUUGGAACUUUAUAAUGUUGAUUUGCACGAGUUGCAUCCGCCACAUACACAAGGAACAUCGUCUCCUUCAUUGCUAGCUCAAGAACAGGAAACUUUGAGUGAAAUUUAUCCCACCGAAGCCCCAUUGAUAAUUCAUAAACGAAGUAAUGGAUCGUGA